AUGCUGCAUCAGUGGUGGAGUUUAACAAGAUAACUUCGUUUGUUAACUGAGUUGAUAAUGUUAAUUGGCCUCCAUAAAGAGUUUCAAAACGUUUCAAGCAUUAGCCCUUUGUCAGAGUGUUUGUUGUGUGAACCUCUUCCAUUAACAGCAAGCUGAUAAGAAACAAUAUGCAGGUUGAAGAGAACCAAGGCCUGCCAAUAAUGAAACAGGUCCAAGACACACUUUGCAUGAAAAAGAAUGAUAACACAUGACAAACAGCAGUAAUUCAAACUUUCAUGAAUGAGAAGUGUUGUUCUUGCUUCUUAUUCAAUGUCAGUUCUACUUUUUGUUCCCAGUGGAAUCUUCACAAGACUCACUGUGUUAAAGAGGCACAAUACUUAUCUACUUACUUGAGUCACAAGAAAACACUAGAACUUAGAUGAGGCUUGGUGUGAGAAGUGUCCAUGUCACAGUGAUGGCCUCAUGUGGUCAAACUGAUAUAGCCUGGCUGUGAAUGAAAUUAAUUACUUUAUUAUAAAUUUUUUCUCAGUUAGUACAUGCACAAUGAUUGGUCUAUUUAGUGGGUUGUAUUUCACUGAAAAGCUUGAAAAUUUUUAAAUUUUGGCUUUAAUUAGAAUCUUCUCCUUUAAUUGGACCCUGAUUAUUAAAAAUCUUAUGAGCCUCAUUUUCUCAGUCCAUACUCUUAACUGACAGAACCUUUUUUUUUUUUUGGCUCAGAUGUAUGUCUAGGGAAAAAAACUUAGUCUGUAAUUUUAACAGUGCAGAUCUCACUCUCAGUCAAUAAGAGGUCUUGAUUGUAUUAAAUUAUUCAAAAUAAAAUCAGCUCUUUUUUUCUCCAUCAUGAACAUUUCAGGUAGAGCUGACCCAGACUGUGCAUUAGGCCAUCUUUUGAAGACACUGUUCAGAAAUGAUGAAUUUAUGGACAAACUAGUGAACUCCUAUAUCAUGAGCACUGUGGAACAGUUUAAUCUGAACUGCACUGCAGCCAGAGUUUUGUUAAAUGCCAUGCCUGGGCUGGAAAGUGCUGCAGUUUUUCAGGAUAUGGUAAGUUUAGAAAGGUAUUCUUAAUCCUUUAACUCCUAAGAUUUGAUUGUUAAUUCUCUGCUCUAGCUGCAACACAUUUCCUUGUGAAUUAGUUAUGAGAAUUUGGUGUUAAAGAUGACAACUUCUACCUGAUAAGUCUGAGUAUUCUCAUUACCUUUGUGCUGGAUAAUGUAUGGAUAUUAUGGGGAGAAGUUAUCUGUUAAUCACUUCUGGGAGUUAAAGGGUUUAACUUAGUAAUCUUAAGAUGUGACUUUCUUUCUUCAGCUUGAGUUCUAUGUAAAAAUCCAGAUCAAUGUGUCCAGUUUCUGUGGCAUAGCACACCUUGUCCUUUCCAGAAAAAAUACUCAGAAUUAACUCAUACAAUUGCUAUUUCAUCAAAUUAUAGAUAAAAAACAUGAAUUUCUUGUAGUUAUAUCAUGAAAAACAGAAAAGGAAAAGAGAUCUUAUUUGUUGCUCUCAGUCAUCUCACUUUAGUGCAAAAAAACUUUAAAAAAAUGCAAACUUUUCAGAUCCACUUUCAUUGUUCCUUAAUUCAUAACUACAUAUUUCUUAAACAGAACAAGAGAGAUGGUAAGGUUUAAGCUCGCUAAAGAAAUAGAGAAAGAUGUUUUUUGUCUUGUCACAAGUGUGUGACAAAGAAAAAAAUUCUGAAUCCCCAGGUUGAAUUGAACCUUAUACCUUCAGAUUCUGGGGUCCAAUGCUCUACCACUGAGCCACAACAAAUAAGAUCUCUUUUCCUUUUCUUUUUUUCUUUGUCCCACACUCAUGAAAAGACAAAAAACAUCUUUCUCUACAUAUUUCCUAUCAAUAAAUUUGAUGUCAAUCAUGUACAUGUAGGAAGCAAUGCUUAAUCAUUUAUGCAAGUGGGCCAGAGAAGCCUCAGAACCCCUGAGAUCAUAUGCUGCAGGUAUUUAUAGCAUAGUUUACUGGUCUUACUUUUAACAGUACUUCAGGCUUUGAAUAUUUUGGUCACCAUACUAAAAACAAAAGGAAAUAAAAAAAUUGAAUUGACUAAAUAUUUAGCAUCAAGUGCUCUCCUUGGGAAAAUUAGAUUUACCUAAUUCCUGUAAAGCUUCUGAGUUUCUGAGCUAACUCAAUUUUGUUUACACCUUUAUAAACUGGGUGCAAGUAGAAGGGUGUUUUACUUUGGUGAUCCAAGGUUAUUUACAUUAGGUUAACCCUUGAGAGUGACUAGCAUCUAAUUUCUUCUUUCAAUAUCAACCCUGAAUCAAACAUUAAGAUCAUGGAAAUAAAGGAAAUGAUGAGCAACUGAAGAACCUCUUGAUUGUUAAACAAAUUCUCCUUGUCAGUGCAUUAGAAAAUGUAUAGAGAACAGUAUGGAGAAUAUGCAUACUGAUGUUAGGGUGUAAAGAGUGAAGAUAUAGAUAGUCAUGGUUUGAUUGAGGAUUCUAAUAUUCCUUUUUGUUCAUUUUUUAUGUGUAUUGCUGCAGUUGCAUUUUUAAUUUGUUAACAAUAAUUAUUAUUUAUUAACAGGUCUUUUAGCAUUUGCCAUGGAGAGCCAGGAUAUUGCUGCAGUAUUCAGAGAAGAAAACUCCACCUUGGUAAGUCAAUAUAGCAAUAAUGAUUUUAGAUAUAUGAAAUUCAUAUAGUUGCACUGUGGUGAAGAAAUAAAUAUAAGAGAUCCUCGCAGCCAAGAACGCUACUGAACUAGUAGUUGAAAUAAGACCUGAAAAAAAUGUUCAGGCCCGUAUGGGAUUUGAACCCAUGACCUCUGUGAUAACAGUGCAGCGCUCUACCAGCUGAGCUAACAAGCCAACAGGGAGCUGGUCAAUAUGUUGGAUAUAGCAAUUUUUAAGAGUGACCACUAAGGUUACAAGAACAAAGGAAAUGAUCACCUGUUAAAGAAGCCAAAUUCUCCCUGUCAGCACCUUAAGAAAUGCAAGAGAACAGUAUGAAGGAUAUGAGUAUUGAUAUUAGGGUGCUGAGGGGUUUUUGUUUUUAGCUUUGUGGUUAACAGCAUUUGUGUUUCAAACCUGUGAGUGCAAAGUUGGCUUUUCACAUCUCAGGAAUUGUCUAGCGUCAGUCGUUGCAUUUUUUGUUUUAAAAAACUCUUGUAAACUAUAAGCUUAGGAUUAAAUGUUGAAUUUCGCAUGUUUAGGUUCCCUCUAUGCUGCGACGGCUGCACAUUUUAAAGGACUUGUCAGACCUUACACAGCCCGCUGUGACAGACCUGUCAAACAGGAUUAUCCUGAAAGCAAAGACAAACAGGAACAAGAGUGAAAACAGUAACAGCGUGAGUAACAAGAUAAAGAAAGUGAAUCUUGCUGAGCCAGGACCAUCAUGCACUGUGCCACAGAAUGGCGAAUUAUCCGGUUUGUGUAAUGGAGAAGUGGAAGAAGUGAAUAGCUACAAUGGAAAGGGUUAGUUCACUUUUGAGUAUUGUAACUCUGAUUGUCCCUCUGUUAGUGAGUUCAAUCUCCUAGCAACUUCAAGUUGAUUUAACUAUCUUUUCAAACUGAGUGGUAGGACUCGUUUGUAACUUGAAGGCUCAGGUAUACUCUGGGAGCUUUCAUGCAAACUUAUGAUGUGAGACCUAAAACACCUUGAGAUCUUGUAGAGUUCUUUCAGUCUACUUUUGCCUUUAUAAAUAAGUUUUGAUAAAUGUUUGAUAUUUAAUCUUAUCAUAUAUUUCAGCAUAAAUUUCCAGCCAAAAAAAAAAAGAAAGAUUUUGAGUUUCCAACAACAAACUGACUCAAAUUUUGGUAAACAGUAACCAUACGUCGUUUCAGAGGAGUUUUUGUGUGAAACACAAGGAGGAGGCUUGUCUGUCAGCAAAUGGAAGAUUUUGAUAAUAAAAUGAUUAGUUAAACAAUUGUUAUCAAGGACUAAAUUGUUUAAGGAUCAUCUAUGGAAGUUUGACACCAAAAACUUUGUUUGAAGGGGGGAGGGGGGGAUAAGGGGGGGGAGGAGGGGAGAUAAGGGGGAGGAGGAGGAAGUAUGCCAAGUAGAUUUGCCCUGCACAAGUUAACUCAGUUUCCUUAAAAUUUGUAAAUAUUUUCCUUUUGUUUCAGGCAAAAGUUGUCUACAAGCAAAACAUCCAUUGCUAGUUAAAACAAGCAAGGGUUUCCGUUCCACUGGAAAUGUAAUUUGUGCACCUAAGGGAGGGUACCACAUAGUCCCUAUGUCCUUUUCCCUCUCCCCCCUGACUCUUGGCAUGCAGCAGAGACUAAUUCUACAGUAUCUGACUCCCUUGGGGGAAUAUCAGGAGGUAUGUGCUGUAAUUAGGCACUUCAGCAUUUAAUGAUAUAUGAAGAACAGAGAGAGUCUCUCCACUGAAGUAUAUGGGAAGCUUGUGGGAAAAGGGCUCUGAAUCAAGGAUAAAUUGGAAAUGUCACACAACUUGAAAAUUUGAGUGUGGACCGUUUUAACUAGUCGUGUGCGAGCAAGAAUUAUUUUUUGGAGGAAGGGACAUACAUUGGCCUUGGUCAGAAGAUAACACACUCGGAUCAAGAAUUCUUGAUCAUCUGAUGCGCUUUAACUGAACGUACGCAAGCAAGAAAUACUUUUUGGAUGAAGGGACAUAAAUUGGCCUUGGUCAGACGAUAAUUCACUUGGGUCAAGGAUUUUUGAUCGUGAGGCGUUUUAACUAAUUGGCGCGAGUAAGAAAUAUUUGUUGGAUGAAGGGACAUGCAUUGGUCUUGGUCAAAAGUAAAUGCACUCAGCUCUGAAUGAAGAGGUUCUAGUUGAGCCGUAGCAAAUUUUAUCAGUUGCUAUGGCAACUAAAACAGUCGUAGCAGAGCCUGGAGCAUUGCAUGGCCAUUGAUUUAUCUUGACACAUUUUUCUUUGAACAUUUCAAUUCAGCUGUUGCCGACAGUGUUUGAAUCUAAAGCCCUGGAUCUUGUAAUGCACUACAUUACAUUUAAAGGCCAGGUGGACCUACAACUUGUCUUUGAAGCCCUCAAGGUAGGAAGGAGGUAGUGACGUCUUGCUUUCGUGUUGUACGUCUAGAAUUUCAUGCAGUUAUGGUUGGUUUUCACCCUCGCCGGUAUACUUACAAAAAGCGUAAAGCGAUAUAAUCCUGUGAAAAUCAAACCGAUAGAAUCAGAAGCAAAAUACUGAUGCCACUUAUGACUCCUUCGCUAAUAACAUUUGAAAAAUAAAUUGCUGGAGUUUUCAGCCAUCGGUUAGCUCAGUUAAGAAAUGGAAUUGUCUGUGAUUCAGAAAAUCGAGUUUUCGCCGGAUCAUAAUCGUUAGAGUUAUUAGUGGAAUUGGAAGAAAAGAAAUUGUUCGGAAUAUUCCGACUCCGAUUUCGUCAAGCUUUUGGCUCCACUUACGACUCCGACUCCCAAUUUUCUCUGGGUCGCUGGCACUCCUACGACUUAUGAAAAAUUCGACUCCAAUUCUGUCUUUUGUAUAAAACGAACCUUUAGACACUCUACCACAUUCAUCCCUCUUGAAAAACACUACUUUAACUCUUCAACUCCCAGAUCAAAUUUGUAAUUCUCGUUACUGUCAACCACAGAAUUCUUAUAAUGUUAGUUCGGAUAAUUUAGUAUUGGAUCAGCUUAUCCUGCCCGAAUUGAUAAUUUUCUCUAUUCUCUUUACUUAUCUGGUUGAUAUUGUAUUGAUAUUGUAAGGAGAAAUUCUGCCUUGGUCACUCGUGGAAGUUAAGGGUUAAGACAAUAAUGCAUUGUACCGACUGAGAUCUAACAAAAAAGCCUCAGAAUUUAAAAGCUAUUUCCUUUUAUUGUCGUUUUAGUAUUUGGCAUCCCUCCUUUGUCAUAAAAAGUUUGCCACAGAAUUUGUGACUCAUAACGGUGUCCAGCGGUUACUAGAAGUGCCUCGCCCAUCUGUGGCUGCUACAGGAUGUUCUAUGUGUCUGUAUUAUCUCGCUUACAAUGAGGACGCCAUGGAGAGGGUAAGACAUUUUUCCAAUUUAAAAAAAUGUUUGAAGUUUUCUGAUUUGUAGUUGUAAGAAAUGCAUUAUUUAGUGCAGAUUUAACUUACCAAUGGUCGGUGAGUUAUGAGCAGACCAGUAUUUUCUAAAAGAAAGAGGUAACGAGUAUCAUUCCGUUAAACAUGAAAUAACAAUGAAUUGAAUAACACAUCUCUGCUUAUUUUUCAUGAAUCUCCCUCCCCCCCCCCCCUCCCCCCCCCAAAAAAAAAAAGCUUAUUUAUGUCUAGCAUAUAACCCACAGGUAGAGAGAUAAAAAAGGAAUUAAAGAAAAACUGGUCAAAUGGAUAAAGAGAAUCGCAGGCAAGGAGAUAGAAAAAGAUAAAGAUGAGAAACAGAAAUAAUCACUCAAAAAAUGUUAUCUUACAAAACUACUCUUAAUUCCACAAAAAAAAACUUCGAAUAAUUAAAUUCUUGGUGCUCUUUUUUCUACAUGGGCCAGAGGAUCAUGAAAUUAACAAACAGAAUAUGUCGACGGAACCUCCGUAACUGUUUCAAAUAACUUGUUUCAGGUGUCCCUCCUACCAAACCCUGUGCUGAGUGACCUGGUCAAGUAUGCAUUGUGGCUUCUAGAAUGUUCUCACGACUCUGGCAGGUGUCACGCAACUCUCUUUUUCUCGCUCACGUGUUCAUUUCGAGAAGUGCUGGAAUUGUUCGACAGUAAUGAUGGUCUGCGGAAGCUUGUGAACCAGGUAAUUAGUCAGUUUUAUUUAUUAAUUACACGACACGGUUUGGACCCCAGAGAAACGUGGAUCGUGUAGUUCAAUCGCCUGGAGUAGGAUCACACCACGAGGUCUACUUGUUCUGUGACCUUUCCGUUCUCGUAGGAGUAGCAAUUUCUCUUAAUAACACUCAUUCGAAAUAUUUUGCAAUACUUAAAGAAAGAAAAGAACGACUAACGUAAAUAGUGAUAAUUUAAUUAAUAAAAUAGUGAAUAACGUUGAAGGCCCAUUCUGAUUGGCUACUCAACUCCGAAUAUCCGUUGCUGUUCACUUCCGAGCAACUCGCGCGUGAUUUGCGCACGGAAAUAUUGCAAUCAUCGCGGGAAUAAAUGAGUUAGAAUCAUCCCUUUUUGCUAUGUUAUCUUACUGUUUAAAUAUAUACUAAAACAACUAUUCACCUCAGUGCCGAUGGCUGGCGGUGGAUAUUCACCUCGCCGCUUCGAGACUCAGUGAAUAUUCACCACAAGCCAACCACCUCCACUUCAAUAAAUCACGGUUUGUUACUUUUGAAACGUAGUUUAGAGAAAUGUCGACCGCUGUGAAUGGUUGGAAAUGAUUUCCAACCUAUGACCAAUCUGGAACUUUUAAAUGCGCUCGCUCACGAUGCAAAACUUGUCCUUGCAUUCAUAACGUAGAGAAAAUAUCGGGACCCAAAAGAUCCAUUAAGAUAAUUGAUCACUUUACGUGUACCUCCGCCAAUGUUAUUUACUGCAUAACUUGCACUUAUUGCAAUAAGUUAUACAUCGGCGAAACAGGAAGACGACUGGGUGACCGAUUCCGAGAACACCUUCGCGAUGUGGAAAGAAAUGACAAGGACGCAUCUAAGCCAGUCGCUAGACACUUUAAUCUUCCUUAUCAUUCUAAACAGCAUAUGGCAGUUUGCGGUCUUUCCUUACACCUAGGCAGUUCGGAAAGCCGUAAAACACUAGAACAAAAAUUUAUAUUCCAAAUCGGCAUCCUUAAUCCCCACGGAAUCAACGAGCGCUUUUCAUUCAACUAAUUUAUUCCUGUUUUCUCGUCACCACAUUCCCACCAAUGGCGUAGCUCCACUUCCUACAUAUAAAUCCACACACAACUCACAAUUCCUCUAAUCGCUCUGACGAAAGGCUAACGCUCGAAACGUCAGCUUUUUUACCCUUUACGGUGGCUAAUUUACGUUUUCAACUCAGUUGUUAACACUAAAUUACCUGCUAUACUCUCCCACCGACGCAGCACCACAGUUUCUUUAGAAACUUACCCCUUUAUUCAUUCUAAAAGAAUCUUUUUUUUGUUUAACCUUGUCUGGCAGCUAAGUACGCUUUCAAUCCUUCGUCCCGACGAGGCAGAACUACUGAGUGAUGAUGAGGUGUUUGGCAGCCGGCAGACAGCAAAACACACUUGCAUGGCUCUACGGAGAUAUUUUGAUGCCCAUCUUCACAUCAGGGCAGAUGCGCUCAGGAGAUCUAUUGCAAGGAACGAGGGUGGAACACCACCAGUUCCAGUUCCAGCGUAUAAGGUGAAUUUCCAAGGCUACUCCCUAAUUCUAGGAGAAAAUUUGAAUAUCUUUAGAUGGGCAAAUUCAGUAUGUUAUGUUAUGUAAAAGGACUACGCCUGCUCGGCUGUUUUAGUUUAGAGAGGUUGGAAGUUAACUUAAACCUGGUAAAGGUUUUUGGCAGUAUUCUGCUUAACAUUUAAUCUCGUCCUUGUAAAUUUUCUACUUUUAGCACGAAAGUUUAUAAACCUCGCCUAACAAACACUCCAAAUCGUCUUAAAUAUUUACGCAGAAGAUACUGUUUUUGUCUGUUUGUCUGUCUGCUUGGUUUUGUUUGUUUGUUUGUUCCGCAGUUUUGUCUUUGGUAGCCUAGCAUCAUUUUGUUCAACUCAUAUUGAUGAGCAACUGUUCUCUUUUAGGCUGCAUCCCUGUCUCACAGCAGUGUAAUGGAGAACUGUCAGUUGAUGUUAGAGUAUGCUCCAACAACACUGCGUUGGGAGCCUGUUGAGGUAAUAACUGAAAAAUAACGCAAAAGAAAAAACAGCGUCGCAUGGUCGUGGUUGAUUAUUUCGCAGAGGCGUAUCUUGGUUUAUUAAGUGUAGGGCACAUUGUAGUACUGAAACUCCUCUGUAGAAUGUUAUAGUAUUUUUCACAGGGACACGAUACAAUGUUCCUUGCCAAGGCUCCGGCUUCAAACUCGUAGGUUAUGAAACCCCUCGAUGGACACCAUAACACCUACUUCCAUUACUUUGUUGUUGUUAGUUGUUAUUCUCUUUGGUUUUAGUAUUAUUAUUAUUAUUAUUACUAUUACUAUUAUUAUUAUUAUUAUUAUUAUUAUUAUUAUUAUUAUUUUAUUUAUAAGUUUCCUAGUUUACAUAUGCAUUUCAGUCCAGUGGAUACGGUUCGCUCUCAAGAAUAGAUUGGAGAAGUAAUUUCAUUCAUUUGUGUGUUUGUUCGUUUCUUGUUUUGUUUUGUUUUUGUUUUUGUUUUUGUUUUUUAUUUUAUUCACCAAUGCUCAUAAGCAUAGACACACCUUGUCAAUUUACCCAAAACUAGUGUAAACUGUCUUCCGCCUGAGGUCUUUACAGUGUCAGAAUGCAUACGUUUUCUCGUGUUUAUUAGGGAUUUGUGGCAAACCACUACGGCCUGAAUCGAGGACGUGGCCAAACAAAAGAUCUUAUUGCUCAGCACGUGCGUUUUAGAACUUUGUACAUUUCCGUAGAUGCUCUCUGCAAAACAACAACGUGAAAUCGCCCAAAUUUGCGUGGUCUGAGAACGGAAACACCGAUGGCAAAUUAGUAAAACUUACAUUUGGAACUCAACCCUGCUUACAUAUGUUAUGCUGAAGUUGUGGCCCCGUAAGAGACGAUAAACACAUCCAGCCACUCGCGAAAUUCUAACCAAAAGUAAAAAUUCAUCAUUUCAGUCGACGUCUUCCUCGAUUUUGCCUUCCUGACUGCUCAAGCUCGCUAUUAUUUAACAUGUCUUCUUUUUAUCCUAAAGAUGAUGAACAGACUUCAAGGCUUCACCCUGCUGCUUCAGUUGAUCUCCCUGUCGUCAGACUGGGGAGUGACCAGUAAUAGGUAAGUCAUUGGUUUUGCUAUCAUUUCUCCAGACUUUGUACGAGUCCAGGAAAAUCAAGAAAGGUCUGCUUGUAGGACUGUGCUACUGGACUUUGAAAUUGUCGGAAAUUGUUUCAACUCGAGGAAUUGAAGUUGUUGAUAAUUCAAAAAUCAAAAUUGUAGCAGAACAUUAGUUGUAAUGAUUUUCUACUGCCUUCAAAAAGGUACAAGAAGCUUUUAGUAUUGUCGACUUACGAUAUUACAAUUUUUCUCCCUGCAUUUUAAAUGCCAUUCUUGAGGCCUGUCCACUGCUCUAUGUUAAUAUCAUCGAUGGGUAAUUGUUCCAUAUUUAAUGGAAAUUAAUAGUUAUUACUGGCAUAUUUUGUUCUAUUUGUGAACUCUGAAUAUCUCGACUAACAUUUUUUACAUUAAAAGCGUAUAAACAGCUUGUUAAUCCUCUCCAUUCCUGUUUCUUUGCUCCAUUCAAGAGCGGACGCCAUCCGAUUAGCAGCCGACGUGACCCGCCUUGCUUUAGAGAUGCUGUUUGUGUUGACAGUCGGUCCUAAGGCUCAGAUGGCGCUGUGUGAAGAAGUGCAACUUCCGUCAGGAGAACAACAGAAAGGAAUGAGGUAUGAUCUACGGGAAAAUAAUUAAUUUAGACAUGAUCAUCAUCAAAAGUCCUUCGUGAUCAUCAGAAGUAGUAGAAGUGUUCUUAGUCACCUUAUUUUAAUAACCCGUGGAAACAUUCGGUAGCAAGAGGCCAGAAGGCUUAUAUACUCUCUAUUCAGUCAUAUUAAGAAAUCUUUUUUUCCAGGCUUCUGCUGCGUUGCGCUGAAGGGAGUUUACUCAAUGACUCUGAGGUACAGAAAGCCGCUCUCCACGUCAUUUGUAACUGUGUGUGCGGUCCUCGGGUCAGGGUAAGUGGUUUGUGCGCGUUUAGAUUUAGUUCCCUCCCUCUCGCAUGAGUUUCUCAAAGUAUUUUCGCGACAGAAAAAAAACAACAACAAAAAGGAACAAGCAAAAACAAAUAAGAAACAGAGUUACAGGCGUAGUUUGUUGGUAGAGCAGGCGAAAAUUCUUCAUUUUGUAACUGACUUGGUAAUGGCAAAGUCGCUUAAAGUUGAGUCAAUAUCGGAGUCAACACGAUAAGCUUUGCUUACCUCUACACGGUUCCUCAACCCCCUCCCUCCCCUCCCUCAACGCUGCUCUCCUCCCAGUCUUAGGCUGAUUAAAGUUCAUGAAAGAAUUGCUACUUAAACGUUAGGAAUAUUUGUUGAAUUUGAAAGUACUUAGUGUUUAAGGUGUUAAGCAACCAGGCCGAGUGCGUUGUUCCUUUUUUCCAUUUUUCCGUUUAACUACGGUACAGGCCCGAUUUUUUUCAGUGUUUUUUUCAACUGCUUAAGUAGUGUUUGGCGUCACCGCGAUGAUAACUUUUGUCUUCAUUGUUUGCAGAUUAGCGGAGCUGUUGCAAAAUUUCAGUCGAAAUCCAAGCCGGCUUUCAAAAGCAGCGACGACAUCUUAUCCAAGAUGUGGGGAUGUGUCAGGGCCAGUAAUGGCAUCAAGGUUCUGCUCUCCUUACUGAUGGUGAAAACGCCAUUGGUUGAUGCAGAUUGUAUUCGUGCUUUGGCUUGUAAAGCGUUAUGUGGUUUAUCGAGGAGUGACAAGAUUAGACAAGUCAUUGGAAAACUACAGCUGUUUAACAGCGGCCAGUUACAAAGUGAGUAUUGCACUGCGCGGUGCUUUCUUCACACUUAUCCAACCAUGUAUAUUAUACAGCUGGGCGUGCCCGUAGGCAAGAUGAAGCGAGUCCUGUGUUCUGAUAGGCUACCUGAGCUCUUAUCCGCUUGGGAUAUCACGCUUUCAUUUCGCGCAAAAUAAAAGGUUGCGUUGCGAAGACUUACAAAGUUUGUAAUGUUUAGCCAACGUCGGUAAAGAAGUCGUAAAAAGCGAUAGAGGACGGUCAAAACACUUUUUCAAAUGUAAAACGAGCACUCACCAUCACCGAUGACUUUCUUUUCCAGCGCUUAAAAGAAAACAAGUCAUUCUUGAUUCUUAUAUAAGCAGAAUAAUUUUGCUAUGUAGUAAUUCCUUCAUUGAACAACUUAAUCAGUCAAGAGCUUUUGUCUAGUUCAAGACUCUUCGUCUCAGUCCACAAAAGCGCCAAAAAGAGCUCGCCAAAUAUCCAGCUAUCUUGACCUAUUUACAGCCAUGUUGACCUUCUUAAACAUCAUUUCAUUUCUUUCAUUUACGUUGACUCAAUGUCGUUUGUCUUGAAUUUGUUGACAGUUUUGAUGCGAGAGCCGAUCAUUGAGGAUAAUGCUUCUGACCACGCCCUUUUCUGCAAAUAUGCUGCCGAGCUACUUGAAAGAGUCACUGGUAAAUCUCUGGCUACGUCCUCUGCAGUCCCGUCCCUGUCUAGAAUAAACAAGGUAUGAACUUGAAAUUGACACAAGCUGUCGUCUCUAACAGGGGAGGGCGGAGACCUUCAACAGCGUCUUUACUCGAUAGUUUACAGCUCAUUAACUUUUGUUUGAACGGCAAACGUACGGAAAAGUCUAAUUUCGAUUAUUAAAGUUUUGCUUAAAUAAUGAACAAUCGAUGAUUUUAUUUGAAGAAUUUAUCAGUAUCUACUUCUUUGUAUUUCUUGUUUAAAAAUGGAUGGUCAUCGAGACUGCCUUCAGGCUUUCUCUGUUCUUCAGAGGAGGGGAGGAGGGACAUCCUCAGUUUCCCUGCCAUCCUCUCCUAAAAGAAAACAUUUGAUCGUAGGUAAGAUAGUCACACUAUCGGUUUUCAUCUAAAUACUUUUUAAGUUAAGAAGAAAUUAAGAAAUUAAUACUUUCUAGAGCAUUAUUAGAACAGCCCAGCAAGAAAUCAUAUGUAAAUUUAACAGUUUUAGAGUUUCAAUUGUCCUUUUACUUCUCUUACCCAAUAGCUUCUGUGGAGUCGGUUUUCUUACUUAUUUCGACGUUCUCUUAAGUAGGACACUUUCAAACCCUGUACAGCCCAAUAACUAAAUAUCAGCCUUUACUUUCUUAGGCUGAUGUUGUUGCGCAGACUCAUAUUUCAUAUCCGGCAAAGGAGCUUUUACAACUGGUUCACAGUCACCUCACAACCCAAGGUUUGUUGUGGAGCGUCGAGGAGCAUUAAGAGAAAAUCAGGUCAAGGGGCGGAAUCACAAACUGAAGAAUUUCCCUUUAAACCUAUUUUUAGAUCACACCCCGCUUCAUAACACACUCUUGAAAUUUAGAAACGAAAGUCCCAAGUCAUCCGACAGUCCAACAAUUAUGCAGAGCUGGAUUAUUUCUUUAAUUUAAUAGGAAUAAUCUUUGUUGCUAAGUCUCUGCUUCUUAUUUUGAGUGUCGUAAAGCAAUCAAAACAACCAAUCAGAACGAAGAAAAAUAUCACGUGGAGCCAAUAAGAAUUUAAGGUAAAAAUAAACAACCUUCUGAAGCGCGGGAAAACGCGGGCGACAAAAUCGCAACUGGUUUUAGUUUUGAAUCUGAUUGGUUAAGAAGGUGGCGUGAGUUGUCUUGAUCAAUUACAGCCCUUAGCAGAGCAAAGGCGAAGCGUCCCAGAUUACUUUGGACACUCGAAUUAAAUUUGUUCUAGUCUUGAGGGUGUUUGGCUCAUUUGUUAAUCAAAGGUGUGGUUGUUUUGGACUAGGACUUCAUGAGACUGCAGAGGUUUUGCGGAAAGAAGCCAAUCUACCUGACCCAAAACCUGAAUCAAAUCUGCUUUACACGCCUACUAAUAGGAAAGUAUGUGGUGCAUGUUGUCGUUGUUAAGUGUAUUCUGUGAUCACAAGGUCCUUGAUUCAUGAGGAAAAUACAAUCAUCUCGUAACAGCGAUCGCAUUUUCUAAAGUCAUUUAAUAAUGGCACGAGUCUGCGUGAUCGGGUUAUGAUGAAAAUGACCAAAUUUGUCCUUUUUUUUCUGAAAUUCUUCUGUGAAAUUCUUUUACAGGAAAAAGAAUCGACAAAUUAAGUCAGUCCAUAUGUCCUUCAUUUCAUCAUUCCAUUCCUUUGUCCACCAGUCCAUUAGUUAGUCAGCCGUUAGUAAGUGAUUGAGUUUGUCAAUCUACCAGUCAGUCAGUCGAUCAGCCCAUCCGUUAGACAGUCUGUCGGUCAAUUUAGUAUUAUCAACUAAGCUGAUAACGUACAUUGGCCACCAUAAAGGGUAAAGCUGACAUUUCGAGUGUUAGCUCUUCGUCAUAGCGACUGAUGUAGGGUUAAUGCCAGAAACGUGAGCUUUUAAACUCUUUACGGUGGCCAAUUUACGUUAUCAACUCAGUUGGUAAUACUGAAUUACUUUGUUAUUCUCUCCCACCGACGCAGCACCACAGCGCUUCUUUAGAAACUUGCCCCCUUUAUUAGUCUGUCAGUCAUUCAGUCAGUCAAUCAGCCCGUCAGUCAGUUAGUUUGUUUGUCAGUCUGUCAGUUAUUCCGUCUCUGUCAGGCAGUCAGUCAAUUAGUCAAACAAUCAGUCUGUCAGUCAUUCCGUCUGUCCGUCAGUCAGUCAGUCAAUCAGCCCGUCAGUUAGUUAGUUUGUUAGUCAGCCUGUCUGUCAUUGCGUCUGUCCGUCAGUCAGUCAAUUAGCCCGUCAGUCAGUUUGUUAGUCAGUCUGUCUGUCACUACGGCUGUUCGUUUAUCAGUCAGUCGGCUUGUCCGUCCAUUAGCUAAUCAACCAGUAAAUCGUUCAGUAGGUUGGAGCUCGCUCGUUCGGUCAGUCGAUCGGUCGAUCAAGUGAAUCAGGCGGGCAAGCAGUCAGGCUCAUAAUGUGGAUCGUAUCUCUUCGUACAAGACUAACCGUAUGCUUACCGUCAUGUCCCAUGUCACUGUACACAGGUUCGAUUCAAUCACUCCUCAAGCCUUUCUACGGCCUCCUCUGGUGUUAGCACUCCCGGGACUCCAUCGCUGACGCGGUACCGAUUCAACGACCCUGGAACACCAACAGGAAAGGUAAUAACAAUGUUUAGAUGAUUGAGCGGUCAGGAUAAUUGUAUCUGAAUGCUGAUCAUAACUUUGUCGUGUGCUUAUCCCACCCCUGCUAUAAGAACAAAGAAAUUCAUGGAAAAAGUCUUUUUUUAAUCUCGUGUAAAUUUAUUUGUCGAAAAGGAUAAUAAUUUGUUGAUUAUUACAAUAUUAUUAUUUUAUUAAUGUUUUGUGUUACAAUAUUGUUUAUGAUACGUCGAUCAAUUUCUUUGUCUGCAUGUUUGUUUUGGUCAGCGGCUUCUACCUUACGAUCUUUCUCGCCCUGCACGCCCACCGUCACCUCCUACGUUGGACAUGAUCGUGACGCGGUAUCUUCGCGAACAGCAUGCGCAGUGUAACAAUCCUGUGUCCGCUGGCCCUCCAUUCUCCUUAAUACGGUAAGUCAUGUAUGCCAGAGCCAAAAACAUCUGAAAAAGUAUUUCAGCUUGUUUGGAGGGUUGCCAAUAGUUUCAUUAAGAGUUUCUUAUGCGCAUUCCACUCUCGCUUAAAUAUGGUAUCGUAGUGCCUCCUGUUAAGAUUUUAAAGAUGGAAAGUUUCUAAAGAACUGUGGUGCUUUGUUGUUUGGAGAGUUUAAGAAGGUAAUUUGGUAUUAUAAACUGAGUUGAUAACGUAAAUUAGCCACCGUUUAUAGUUCCGAAUUUAACGUUUCGAGCGUUAGCCCUUCGUCAGAGCGAUGACGAAGGGCUAACGUUGACUGAAGUGGUGACCAACUCGACUUAUAAUACCAAAUUACCUCGUUGAGAUUUUAUACGAAUUUUGUACGACCCCUAAGUAAUCACCACCGCCUAUCUCUUUAACGGUAGCUACUUAUAUAAAAGGUUUGUGAAACCCUAAGCUCCUCCUUGUAGACCGGUAGGUGAGUAAGAAUUAUUUCUUGCCUACAAGGUUUUCUAGGUCACUAGACAAAUAGACUUUAUCUUGUCUUGUUUGGUUUUUUUUUUCACACUCCCUUACUGUUUGUUAUUUAUUUGUUUCUUUUUAUUUAUUUAUUUUUUUUUUUACUGUUUCUCCGAGUGUUUGCCCGUUUAUUUAAAACUGUUUGUAACAUUUAUAACAAGAGUUAUAAAUGUGGCAUCUUGUAGAAUUAUUUUUGAAAAACUGCACAUAAUGCAUCUCCUCUCUUUCAAUUAAAAAAUUCCAGAGUGUUUAUAAAUCUAUACUUAAAAUAGGGCUGUUUAUCGAAUCAUACGCCACAAUUGCAGAUGUCUAAGAAAACUCAAAACUGUGAACAAUCAACUUAUUCCGAUUUGUCUAUCGUCAGACCCCAUAAAUGCCCUGAACCAAAGUACAGAUAUUACGCACCAUCGAACAUGACGACGAGGUUAAAGCGAAGAGAAGUAUGUAUAUUACUAUUGUUCUUAGCUUUAAACAAAACUAUUUUGCCACGGUGGCGGACAAAGGAAACACUUAUCUCAUCAUCUUAAUAGGUCGUUUUGAUACUCGUGUCAGCUCUUAUUAUAGAGUGGUCUCCCUCAACAUUUAUCUGUACUCAAUCUUGAAAAAUGUUCUCCCACCUGAAGGUGAUUCCGCGUCAUGGCGGAUUAAACGGCGCCAGACUAAACAGACGGUUUGUGUACGGAAGGUAGGAGAUGCCUUAUUUGUACUUCGUAUCGCUUUAUUAGAAAUUCUUAAUGUUCUCUUAACAGAAUCAUUGUAACCUGAUUCUCAGACCCCUGUCCACACGUAAACGGUAUUUCUGAACACAGGUGACGGAGGUUUCCAUAAUCUCUGAACAGAGUGGAUUUUUCGUGUUUUUCAAAAGCGCCGGCUUAUCGUCUUCGCGUCGACCAAAAGAAGCGGAGUUUAUCACGUGCAAGGACGUGACACUAGUUGAUCUCCUUUUGAAGUCUUUUAUUUUCAGUUUUAUUAGCAGAGACGUUUGGACUCAAGGAAACGAUUCGAAUAUGCCAAGUUUGCUCAAGAUAAUGUUCAAGAUGAUGUUCCUCUACAGAAUUCUGACGCAUUUUACCGACGAAGUUUAACAAUUAGUCUUUGAUUGUGUUAAGUUUAGUUCUCGGUUGUGUCUAACUGUGUUUUUCUCUAUUAGAUUUAAACCGCUCAGGGCCAUUCGCGAUACUGAAGAAAACAGCUUCUUUACAUGUGCAUGUUUUGCAGUAAGUGUCUCUGUUACCACAUUCAAUGUGAUUUUUAAGAUCUAUAACUGCUAAGAGGAGCAAGUGAUAUCGAGGACUAACCACUCCCAAGGAUAGAAAAGAUCCUGGUUGGCUAAAUUUGGCAAACACGAAGCAGUUGAAGUAAGCUUAAGAAGGGGCCUGUCAUUUUUCCUCCUGGGGAGUGGGGCGGGGGACCGGAGUAUUCUUUUUGUUUCACAAUAAAAUUCACCUGAUCCUCCCUCAAAGUUCUGUAGUAUUGUAAUGAUCCCACCUCAUUGGCAGUCGCUUCUGCAGUUGCUCCUCUAAGCUCUGUUAGAGAAGACUGAUCCCCCUCCGCUCCCCCCUAAAAACCGUGGGAUCCCCAAAAAUUUAACCUACCCUUCUCACCAAGUGAUAAAUAAAGACCGGUUCCCGAGAGUGAAGAAAAUUAAAACCAAUUGAAACUGAAUACCGAUUUUUUAAAUUUUUUUUUUUACGAUGAACGAACCUUAAUACUUCUUCAGACAUCAAAUUUACUCCUCAAAAAUCUAUCUUCAGGGCUUGACCCUUUACAUGCUAACAUCAGUAUGCAUAUUCUCCUUACUGUUCUCUAUGUAAUCCCUAAGGUGCUGACAAAGAGAAUUUGUUUAAAAAUCAAGAGCUUCUUAUUCGGUGAUCAUUUUCUUUAUUCUCGUGAUCCUAAUGUUUGAUUCAAGGAGGGAUAUUGUAGUGAGAAAUUAGACGCUGGUCACUCUUAGAAGUCAAACGGUUUGAACCUCUUGUUUUUGUCGUUUACAUUUGGCUGAUUCGUAGUAAAAUGGAAAUUAUGAUUUUGUGUUUUUUUUUUUUUUUUUUUUUUUUUCUACCCGUAAGAAUUAUCCUUACUAUAGUUUUAAAAAAAAGUAGUGGCUUUUGUGAGAUCAUGUAAACGUAGUACCUAAGUUUUUACUUUUUCUCCUCAGCCCGAUGGCAAGUCUGUUUUACUUGGAACACAAAUAGGCGAGUUGAAGGAAUAUAACUUAAUAACUGGACAGGUACAAAACUCAAUUUACACCUUUUGAUUUCAAGUCAAACGCCAAAUUUUUCUUGAAAUAGCUAUAUGUGUAUGAAUUAGCCGUUGAUUGUGACAAGUUAAGUUGUCAGCUGUAUCUCACCUAUAUUUUUUUUUUGGUUCUUUUAUAGAUUUAAACCGCUCAGUGCAUGGUUUUCAUGUUAAUUUGUAUUCCACGUAAUUAUUUUUAAAAAAAUUACAUUUUUCAGGAAGAGGCGACUUAUCUCUGUAGCGCAGACAGAGCAAUUUCCAUGUGCCAAUGUUCAAAAGUAAGAGUACAACAUGGAAGUUUCCCUCCCUAUAUAGUUAAAAGUACCUUUCUUUCUACUUCGACCAAAGUCGAAAGUUUCAUUAAUGUUUUUCAACAAUUUUUUUUUGGCGCACCCACCCCUCCCUCCCCCAACCCAACAACAAUCAAAUGGUAACAAGUUAGGUUCGAUGUUGGAUUUCGGUCCACAUCCACACAAACAAGGCAGCUCCGCUACUGCUUUUAAAUAACUUAACAUUCGGUCAAAUUCAGUUUUCUUGUUAACUGUUUAGUUUCCAUAUAUUUCGCUGAAACCAAUCAACCCUUUUUAUUCAUCAGUUUUGCAGCGCGUUUCGCAACGUUAUGAACCUUUCUAAGGCUUAUGUGACCCUUUCAGGUUGUGUUCACGAAUUCAUUUAUCACUGAAAUUGUCUUUCUGUACUUCAUUCUUCAAUUUUUAGGACCGCGAACUUUUAUUGACGUCAUCUUCGUCUGCUUUGCCUCCCUGUGCUCUUUAUCAUUUGGAGAUGUUUUCGAAAUGAAGUAAGUCUUUGAACUUGAAAACCUGUUUGAUUCGUACCACUAGUGCAUUGGAUAGUAACGUCCUUGUUUGUGUCUCUGCUUGGUUUAUUUGUAUCUCACCUUUAACAAACUACAAUGUUUGUCGCAGAAACAUAAAACAGACACAUACUUUACUAUGUUUUACCAUUAAUUUUUAUUGACUUGACUUUCGCUGAAAUACAAGAAGAAGUUUUACAUUAUUCUUUCAGAGCUGCGACUUUUACAGAAGACACUUAGACAAAUUAAUUUCAUAGAUUACAGGAGACGAGCAAUGAUUCCAACUUAAUUCACCUGCGGCAAUUGACGCCCAAGAUCAAAACAAGCAAAAUGGGAAAUAAUUUUGGUGUAUGUCAUGGCUUGUAUCCUAUAAUCGGAUUGGUGUUAAUAACACGGUGACAGUAGGCGAACUAUAAUAUUUUGUCGUUACAUUUAUCUCUCUAUUUGAUAAAAAAUGUUAUUUACUUUCUAAUUUUAUUUGUUUCUCUUUGGCUCAGACAUCCAUUUAGCGAAGACACCUGGGUAAAGUUUUGUAAUUUAUCAGAAGACAGAAUUAUUGGCACACACGACGCUACUGCGCGUGUGAGUUCAAGACAUUUGAUGCAUUUUCACUUCUAAAUACAUCACGAUCAGCCUUAGUUUGACAAAUUGUCGCUGUUCAUCUAGAACAUUUACAAAGGAAAAAUAGAUCAGCGAAAUUGCUACUGCGUGAACACGGGAUAGCAAGAUAGAAUCACCAAUUUCGCCCAAGUUUGUACACGAUCAUUUUUUGUCUCGAAUACAUGGACUUUUAAGAAGUAUUUUUAGCUCAGACUUCAUGGCCAAGAUCACUUUUCUGCGCCUCAGUUUACUUGUUCUGAGACCUCUUGGCUGUGUUUGAUAAUUUUUUAAUUUGCUAUUUUGAUAUGCUUCAGAAACAACUUUGGUUUUUCUUUCAAGUCACUCAGUUGAAAUACGCCUUUUGAAACAUUAGUCAAACUUUAAGGCGCCGAACUCGAGAUUUUUAUCGGUAGAUCGUUGAUAAAUUGGAGGCAAAGCCUUGUGAUUACCUUAGUAAAGGUUGACCAAUGUUUUCUUGUAUUUGAUUCAGGUUUUUUUUUUUGUCGUUUAUUGCUUGUGGUACUUCUCUGCCAAAACACCCUUUUUAUUUCUCGAUAACUGCGAACAUUAGAAUGCGGUUAGAGUGUGAUGAUAUUAUUCACUAGAUUAUAUUCAACCAUCAGAUUUACGACACUGCGACAGGUCAGCGGGUACUAACUCUGCACGAUUCCAACAACACUAACAACUACUCAAAGAACCUCGCCUCCUUCAAUCCCACGGACGACCUGGUACUGAACGACGGUGUAUUAUGGGAUGUCAAAGGCAAACGGGUUAUACACAAGUUUGACAAGUUUAACAACUUUGUCAGCGGCGUUUUUCAUCCCUCUGGGCUGGAGAUUAUCAUCAAUUCAGAGAUUGUAUCCUUUUUUUUUGUUUUUAAAGAACGAGCCAAUGCUAGACUGUAAAGCAGUGAGUCCAGAUUCGCGAAAAUAACGGAACACAACGUCGGCCUUUCACGGAUCUCGAAAAAUCACUCUACCUCCUCCUUACUUUGACAGUGAAUUAGGAGAGAGAUAGAUAUCAAGGACUAUUAUUUCAUAAGAAAAGUUUAUUGUUUCCUCAUUUUGAGCGUUUUCGUGAAGCAAUACACAGUCACCUGACUGAUCCACUGAACAUAAACUUAUGUCUGAAUAUCCUUGGUGAUUUGCUGGCCAAUUUACAUCAUCAACCUAGUCGAUAAAACCAAACUAUCUUAUUUCCCCGCCCUCACAACUGACGAAGCACUACUGUUUCUUGUGACACUAACCCCUUAGAAUGUCCAAAGCAACUCAUUUCAAAUAAACCGUGUGCCUUUUGCUUUGCCAAUAAUCCUUGACGCUAAAAACAGUGGGAUCUUCGCUCUUUCCAUUUACUGGACACGUGUCCUUCACUAGAUCAAUGUCACGUGAUCUUCAAUAACAGUGGUGACGUCAUGUAUGGGGGUAAUUUCAUGUUUACUUGUUUACACACUUCUCAAAUUUGUUGAUACUUUAUUAAUUUUUCACGGAGGAAACCAGACCCGACAUUGAGAUUUUAGUGCGUCCAAGUCGUGAGCUUUUAGUUGCGAUCUAUAUGUCAUCUCGAUAUUCAAAUUCAAAUUGAGAGCACAGAAUACUCAUCCGGGAUUAUGGUUCCAUAGGUUUUUAGCAGUUUAUAGACAUCCAAAAUUGCGUAAGGAAAUUUUUCAACUUUUCAUCAAUUAUUUAGCAACUUUUGCGGUGUUUGGAAAAGUGAAAGAGCUCUAGCUCUUUUAUUCCACUCAUAACCCUAAAACUUCCGGCUCCAGUCUUUCGAAGGUUGGAUAGCGCUAUCCACUGGAAACUCUAUCCGUCGGAUAGCGUUAUCCGCUCUUUACAUAACUGGGCCCUCAGGGAAAAGUUCCUCAGAGCCUCUGAUAUCUCAAAAAAUGAAAAAAUAAAUGAAUUCUGGACUGAAGGGAGCGGUAUUUGUUCUUCCGUAUUUUACAGUAAAACAUCUUUCGGAUCCUUUGGAAAUACCGCUAGCUUCCAGGCUCCUUGGACCAUACGAGACCUCGUUCAGGACCUUUGACGCAACAGAGUAUCAACCAAUAGGUGAGCAGGAGGGCUUGCUACAAAUUUUAAUAGAAAUUUUUUUUGGCGCUCGUUAUCAGUUAAUUUGAAAUAUCUUUACGUUUACGAAAUGAGUGAGAAAAUGAUGUUGGAAAUUUCAAUUGCUUUCAAACAGCUACAAUCGACGUUAAGAAGACAAUAUUUGAUUUGUGUACCGAUAUAACUGACAGCUUUGUAGCCGUUAUUGAGGUAAGCUUAAAAAUCGGAAACCUCUGCCUUGUUUUGUUUUCCUCCCUUCCAUCCUUCUUUCAUUCCCAUCCUCUUCCUCUCCCGCUCCUGCUUAACUUCCUCUCUUCUCUUUUUUUCUCCCUCUUCUCCGACACUUCUUCAGAGGUAAGAGGAUUCUUGUGAUUUCUAUGAAACAUUAAAUUCAAUUUAUCUUGAUCGUAAGACCUGAGCCGAUUGGUGCGGUUUAGCUCUACUUGUCAAUCACUAGCCAAACUGCUUCAUGAUUAUCUUGCGGGAAAAACAAAAGAGGGUGAACUCUUUCGAAGGCGUAGUUGACAAUUCCGAUUUCAUUCACGAGGAAGCUGCCUAGAAAAACCGUAUUUUUUAGAGCAGGAAGCGGCUGUAGACAGAUUGAGGGAAUCUCUCAAGUGUUCAUCAGAACAUGGAGUGUCUCGCGCAUUACGAGGGUAGCAAAAAGUCUUAAUUUCCACACUGGUCACUGGAAAAGAUCUGCUGGCAGUGUUACCCACUGGUUUUUUUAGGAAAAGCUUUCUAUUUCAGAUGCUGGUUAGCUUUAAAACUAAUUAUAAAACAAACCUUCGAGUGCAGAAGUGUGUCUGCUUCAAAGCACCCUUUACGAUCAAAUGGAAGAAACAUCGCCAAAGGGAUUAACGGAAGCUACACUCAAAGAACAUAGGAUGCAGCGAAUAUCAGCUCAUAUCUGUGUCCUCGGAAAAGGUUACGUCGAAGCCAUUUGGCUCUGCGCUGAAAAAAAACUGCCUCACAGUUUCACUCAUCCGCUCUACGCUUCUUUUUUUUUCUUCUUUUUUCUUUUUCUUGUGGUUACGGUUACUUGCUCAAUUCCGAAAAUGCGGUGAGGCACAAUUAGUCAUGGGGUGUUUCGCUUUUUAACAGCCUCUUCGAGCAAGCGUCUUUUCGCCUUUCACUGCCCCCUCCUUCCACUUUCCACUCAAACUCUAAGUCAAACAUGGCCGGUGAAAUAAUCGAUCGCGAACUUCUUAACGUUAACUCGCCCUAAUAUAACGCCUGCACUGCAAGUUCAGGAGCUAGCAGUAAUCCCAGCUACCUCAUGCCACGACAACUGGGAGAAACUUUGGCAAUGCGAACCAUCUGACUGGCUUUAAUUGUCAUUUCAUGAUUGCAUAAGUCACAAACUAUCAUCGUAAAGAUCUUGUCAUCAUGUCAUAACAGUUCACGUGAAUUAUUUCAUAUCAUAAAUUCGGUAACGUUCUUUUUUAGAAUCAGGCCAGCACCGACGAAAGCGUUUGCCGGGUGUACGAAGUAGGGCGGCUGCGUAGGGCUGAUGACGAGGACGAGCAGGUAUGAGAAUCUUAAGGACUUUCACAUCAAUAUUCGUAGGACCAAUCAAAGAGAUGUGAAACCGCCAUCUUGGAUGCGGAUUCGGUUUUGUGAUUGGUUCGUGCCUUAUUUGCAUACAGAAUCCUGCACCUUGUUGGCGCCCUCUGGCACUAAAGCAGAGAUGAACUUUAAAUUAUUUUUGGAACAUACUUCAAAAACACGUCACUUAGUGCAACACGUGUUUGAUGUAGGUCAAUAAAAUAACUACUCCAUGCCUUUUUUCUCUUAGGAAUCCGACGAAGGUGGCGAGGAAGAUGACGAUGUCGAUGACGAUGAUGAUGAAAAUGAUGAUGACGAUGACGAUGAUGAUGAUGACGACGAAAUUGAAAUCACGAUAUCUGGCGAUGAUGAUUCGGAUGAUGACAGUGAUAUUGCAAUUUUUUGAAGCGCGGCUUUUAAGUUUCCAUCUUUCAGUUGUUAAUUCAACUCAACAAUGAGCACGUCAUUCUGCUAUGUUUUUAUCUUUGAAAAAUGUAAUUGUAUCACACAAUUUGGGAAUGAUAGUUUAAGCUUGGAGUUGAGGUUCUUGACGGCGGAGUUUUUUUUUAUGUAAAAUGCUGUAGCAGAAAGUAGAAGUCAUCAUCGAAAAAAUUACACCCAUGUUACUGAUUAU